AUGGGCUGCGCAAUAUCAGGGCUGGCACCGAAAACAGCUGGAGAGUCUAAGACGGAGGAUGCUGUUGCGCAUCUCAGCAAGGAGCAGAUUGAGAUGAUCAAAGAGACGUGGAAAGUUAUCCAGGAGGACAUUGCAAAAGUUGGAAUUAUUAUGUUUGUCAGGUUGUUUGAGACCCAUCCAGAAUGCAAAGAUGUAUUCUUCCUGUUCCGAGACGUGGAGGACCUUGACAGGUUACGGACCAGCCGGGAGCUGAGGGCACACGGCCUACGAGUGAUGUCCUUUAUUGAGAAGAGUGUGGCCAGACUGGAACAGCUGGAGAGACUGGAGGUUCUGGCUGUGGAGCUGGGGUGGAGCCACUACCGCUACAACGCCCCACCCAAAUACUACAGCUAUGUAGGAGCAGAAUUCAUCUGUGCUGUUCAACCCAUUCUCAAAGAGAGAUGGACCCCUGAGCUUGAGGAGGCGUGGAAGACCCUAUUCCUGUACCUAACCAGGCUUAUGAACCAAGGCUACCAGGAGGAGAGGAACAGACAUCACCAGGUGGGAGCCUCCCCCAAGGAGAGGAACACAGCCUUAUAAGAGACCUG